AUGGCACAUGUGCUCUGGAAUUCAGACAUCGACGUGUAUAACACGCAAGUUAUUCCCCUCCUGGUAGCCCGCAACUUGGCCCUCUACCUAGCUAUUCCAGACAUCCUACUGUUCUCUUUAACAUCCAAGAAUGCCCAUAAAGCUGCUAAUGAGCCACAGCUAUGGACGCUGAAAUUAAAGGCAAUGGGAGUGUGGAGCAAUGCCCGUGUGGUUUCCAAAGAUGAAAUUAGGAAUGCUGACUUUUCACUGUUGAAUAACCCGUUGACUUGUUUCAGCUCAAUUUACCAGGAGCUGCGAGUUGCAAAAUUCCAGGUGCUCAAGAUUUCCAAAUGUCUUCAGAAAUACUACGAAGAUCUACAACUGAAUGUUCCAUAUGAGCGCCUUCGUGUGUUCAAGAACUUCCAUACGCCGCAGGAUCAGGCCAAAAUGUUGUCGAACUUACUCAGAUACAAUGCUAUCGAUGCAGACGCCACCAACCGGCGGUUCGUGAGGCAGAAAAUCACAGAUUUAUUGGAAAUAUUUGAAAACGCCGUGUUGAGGGAGUUGGAAAUCCAUUACGAUAUCCAGGAUUAUGAGAAUACUCGCAAGUUUGUGGAGAUCUUAAUCGAGCUUAAAAAUGACCAGACGCUCAUAGAUUUCUUUUUACAAAAGACCUGUUUCGACAACGAAUCGAUCAAGUUUCUCAAUCCGGAGACGUUCAAUCUUUCAGAGUUUUUUGAGAAGAAAGAGGUGAGGAAAAAGAGUAUGAAUGUCGAACCUGAAGACUCAGUUUGGGCAGGAGAAUCUACCAUUGAGGAAUCCACGAAGAAACUUGACGAAUUGAAACUGGAAGACGAGGAGAAGACGGAAGAAGGGUCAUAUGCUGUGAAUGUGGUCAAAUUGGAUGAGUUCAUCAAUGAACUUGCAGACGUUUUCAACGAGGAGGCCAGAAUCAUCGAUCUUAUCUUCCCUCAAUCGGUUCCAAUGAUGUUCAAGGUGAGCGAAGAGCUCAUCACGGGUCAAUUACAGGAAAUUGUACUCGUAUUGUCAUCAGCAGCCAAAGAAAGAAACGUCUACUUGGAGUUUGCUCCUAUGCUUUACCACAAGCUAACUCACGACUUCCUCGACAAGCUUGCCCCUUCCAACAAUGUGGGAGAGUCAUACAAGACCUUGAUGCACGAGCUUAUUGAUGCAUCUUACGAAUCCUAUGCAUCAGAAUACAUGAACGAGGAAAGACUCACAUUCAGGCUUUUCUGCUCGCAAAAGAUCCGGGAGUGGACACUCGAAGUCCAGAAAAGGGAGCACGAGAAAACACAAGACAUUCUAAAGCAUGUGAAGGUGGAAACGAAAAACGACUUCUUGACAAGUUUUAGAAAGGUAUUCACCAUAAAUGGAGCUUCGACUCGAACCGAUGAAACCGAAGACUUGGAGAAUUACUCGGAAAUGCAGGCGAGAGCACGUAUUCUUGCAGAAAAUAUCAAAUCUUUGAACGAAGUGUUUAGUCCCAAGUUGGCACUUACGAUUUUAAAUGAGGCAAAGAAGUCUCUUGAACGUCUUCUGCAGUUCAGAGAAUUCACCGUUUCGGCUGUCGUCCACGAAUUGAAUUCUACCAUGCAAGAGGAAUUUCUGAAUGUCAUUGACUGCAUUGGUGAAGACCACUUGAAGCUAGGGUUUCUGAAGGCGCUCAAAUUUUUGAAAGAUUACAAUCCUAAAGAGCUUAACAACUUGAUUGACGAAUCCGAGGACAGCGCAAUUGGCCCACUUGUGAUAUUCUUUGAGCUGAUCAACAUGGCAGACAUGAUUGUGCAAAUGCUAGACAUUUUCUACAAGGAGGAGAUGAUCAACCGAAAAGUAGUUAAACAUGAGAAUUCCGUUCUCAAUCCAUCACUCCAGUCUAAGAAGAAGCUUGAGAGUAUGGUCGAUAAAUUUGUUGCUGAUGGUUUGAACACAGGCAUUGAUGUUCUUUUCAAAGAAAUCGAGUCUGUAUACCUUUCAACGCUCAAAGAAACAGACUACAAUCCUACACCAGGAGCAGCAUUAUUAGCAGUUGGACCAACCAAAGCCGCCAAGCGAGCUGUACAUAUCCUCGAUGACAACAUCGAUUUGCUCGUGGACUCAGCUGACAAGUCUAUUGUGGAGGUUUUCCAGCAAGAAGUGGCCGAGAGAUUCUUCCAGUUAAUUGUUAAGGUGUUGAAGCGUAGUACUGUUUCUGUGGAUGGCGCCGUGACGCUCAUUUCGGACUUGAAUCUCUAUUAUGACUUUAUUUUGACACAUAUUCGAAGCAACAAGCGCAUGGUUUUUCCUUUGUUCCAGGCCUUAAAGAAGGUGGGGUCCAUUUACAUUAUCGGAGGAGAAGACGCAAAAGCCAUUGGUCAGAUGGUGAGUGAUUUGUCUAAAUUCAACGGAAUAUUCAGUCAGGAGGAAAUUUACGAGUUUGUCCAGCGACGCCAGGACUGGCCACUUAUCAAGAAGCACGUGGAAAAAGUGAUGUAUGGACUUUCAUUAGAUUGUGUAAUAGUCUGA